GAAGACCGAUGUAAAGAUAAAAAAACAACAUUGACACAAUCCAUGUUUAAUAUAUUUGAAGAAUUUCAAAUAAAGGUUACCUACGUUGAUAUUCAAGUGAAUGUUCAUUUUAUUAGUGAAGCUGUGGUUAUGGAUGUAAAGAAGCAAAUGUCGUGGUAUUUCAAAAGUGUUCAAAAAAAUUAUUGUGCAGAAAACAAAACCUUUAUCAACUUAGAGUAUAAUGAAGAAAUCGGUAUUCAAAAUUAUACAAGUGAUUUAUUGGAAUCAUUAGAUUUAGCAAAAGAACAAGCAGUGAAAAAAGACAAAUCAAAAUGUUUUGAAAGUUGGAAUGAAAUUGAAGAUAACACCAAGGAAAGAAGACAAAUUUUUCAGUGUUGCUUUUCUAAUUUUGUGGAUGGAAUGUCGUUAAAUGAAGUUUAUCCAAUUCGAGAUCCAACUCUUAUUGACUAUCAUAAUGUUUUUUUUCUUCUGCAAAGCACAACAGGCUGGAUACUAGCUUCGGAAGUGGAAUAUUUAAGUUCUACAGAAGAAGAAAUGGAGCAUGAGGUUAUUACUCGUAUUGUAAAUAAGCAGCAUCUUGAACACGAAUGGAAAAAACAUUUAAUUGAACGUCAUAAAACAUUUCAUAUAAGUUUGGGUUCUUAUUUAGAAACAGAUUUGUGGACGAAUUUUUUACAAAAAAACAAAAGCCGAAAUUUUUCAUUAAGUGACUUGGCGCAUCAAUGUUUAAUAUGUGUGGAACAAUUACAUGUAACCAUCCAAUUAAAAACAGGUGAAGAGGAGGGCGUGUUGUUAUAUAAAUUUUCUGUGGAAUCGACACCAUGUUCUGGAUUUGUUGGGCCCCUUAAAAUGAUGGGUCUUGGAUGGAAAAAAAAUGCAAACGCUUUAAAAAAAAAAAAAUCACAUAGUACUGGUUUUGACCGUCUAGAUGAAAUGGUUGUGAUGAAAAAAUUUGGAGUUUUAUCUUCUGGAAAUUUGACUUUAUUUCCGUGGAGUCGAAUUCCUUCACUUUUAACUAUUAGUGUUACAUGCCCUGUUUUGAUAUUAAUCUGUACAUCGGAAAGACUUCAACAAUUGAUUCAUUUAUUCGAUUCAGUGGUUAUGAAUUCUGAUGUUUGUUUACAGCGUGGGAUUACGAAAACGACUCAAUACAAUCAGAAUACAAAGGAAACAUUAUUACAGUUUCAAAUAGAUGGAAAGCAAACAAAAAAAACGAAUACAUCCUUUCAAUUACCAAAAUAUAUAUCCAAUCUGACGCAAAGACGUUUUCGCCGUUCUUUCCAUUCAUAUAUUUUUAAGAACGAAGCAACCGAAGACAAAGAUUUAUCUAUAACAAAUGAUUGUCUUCCAACUCCAACUUCGGAUGUUGAAGUUCAACAGAAUUAUUUAAGAACGAAUAAGAAAGACCUUAUGACCGAUGAUGUUGCGACUACCGUCACUUUACAAUGUUUAAUCGAUCAAAUUUCGUUUUCUUUUUUACAUCAAGAUAAAGUUUUCAGUCGUUGUUCAUGUACAAAUUUAAGGGUAAAAGCUUAUCAUUCACUCUGUCUUUAUCGAGUCACUCGAAUUUAUGUUGAAGUCAAUGAUAUUCUUUUAAAAUGUUUAAAUUCAAUGUCUAAAAUCCAUGAAAAGGAAUGCAUGAUAAAUGUAUUGGAACCAAUGAAAAAAGAUUUAGAUCAGCCUGCUUUUGUUCUAUCAGCAAAAAGUCGAUCUAUUUUUAUUCCGACGGUCAAAACUCUUUGCUUUGUCAAAAUCUAUGAUGAGUUUAUGGUGAAACUUGAACCAUUGCAAGUACAUUUAUCACCUACGAUCAUCGAGAAUUUCUACAGUUUUUUUUUUUCCUCUCAACCAUCUACAAGAAAGAUUAUUGAUAUAGUCAAUCCUCGUUUUCCUAUUCCAGAGGUGGCAACAAAGAGCCCUAGUGGGAACAACAAGAAAAAAACUCAAACUUAUAAAAACAAAUUACCUACGACGUAUCACAAGUUUUUUUUAAUUCAUCCAUUUAUCGUGUCCGUCACUUUUACUGGGGGACAUUUAUCUUUUGAGAAUAUACUUUUAAAUUAUAAACCCUUCAUCCGCAAAAAUAAAAUGGGAACUUUUGGAAAAAUGGUACAAAUGUACUUAUGGUCAUUAGGACGGCAGACCACUGGUGCUGUUAUCUCUUGUCAUUUCAAAAAUUUAGUGGAGCGGUAUCAAUCGAAACGGAUAACUCAUGAGCGAUUCGAGGAGAUCGAUAAGGGCAAAUUAAACUCUUUGUUUAAUGUGAAUAAGAAAACAAGUGAAUGAAAAUUUUCUUUUCUUCUCGUCACGUGAAAGUUGUAAAUAUAAUCAUUUCUGACUCCUUUGACGUUAUCUUCCUUUAGUGAAUAAAAACAUGGCUAACUGGUGACCCUAAAAAUAAGGAAAAUAGAAACGAAAUACUAUAGUUGACUCCACGGAAUUGCUUUAGUAGUUUUCUCAACAAAACGGAAAAGAUUUUAAAAGUUGUGUUUCCCUUUUUUUUGUUCGUUAAUGAACUUGUUCAUUUUCUUUUAAACGAGCCUAGUAGGCAUUCAUCUAAGGUGUCGAGAUGUGUACCAUUCAACGUAGAACGAUUGAGAAUCGAGACAUUUAAAAAUGACUCAUUUUUCUUUCCUUUUUCUUAAAAAAAAACGUCAUAAGACAAAGGUUGCUUUUGAGAAGCACAGAGCUUGUUCGUCUGAAUUUCAAGAAAGAUGUGCGCCACCCGUAAAAUACCUAGGAAUAGUUGACAAUUUUUUUUCGAGUAGAAUUUAAGAGAAAAUACAAGUCAUUUGUUAUAA